CAUAAAAACAAAAACAACAGAAUGAAUUAUAUCCAUUUUCAUGAAUCUCUCUCUUCUGACCUUGAAUCAGUGCAGUUUUUUGUUGUUUUGCUUAAAACUCAAGGUCAAAUAUAAAAGCCAGUAUUCUGCCAUAGCAUGGAAUGCUGUGCUGCUGUUUUUCUCAUUCUGUCCCAAAAUAGUUGUCCUAAUUGCAGUAUUUCCAAGAAACCUGCUUGCGCAACAGGAAGAGUUUAAAAUGUAAGGUAAUAUUUGCGGCCAGGAUGUUUGUGGGUGUGAAAAAGAGAAUUUCAUUGUACAAAACAAAAAAAAAGAAAGGAAGAACAACAUACAAUUUAAAGCCAUUGGCCAUGUUCACUUAUUGAAAGGAAUGUACCAUUCCUCCUUGGCCAUGGGGACCAGCAUUAUUUCUGUUGAUUUCUGAUUUCUGAUCUCUGCUGUUGUAAUGGCCAUGAGUGUUAAAGAGAAAAUGGGCUGUUCCAGGACACACUCUCACCUGAAGAAUGCAUCACUUCAUCAUUCUUCACUGCACUUCCCUCCUCUUUCUACUGACAAUGGGUAAAAGCACACCGCCCCCUGUGGACAAAAUGAAGAACAACGUCAAAAUGCUAGGAGAAACAGCAUUAAUACGGAUACAAAAAUUCACGAAUGAGUUCCAGAUUUCUCCUAACAUGGUGUUCAGCGGUGCAGAGUUGAUCCCCAACAUCACGCUGGAGACACCCCUGGGUUUGUCCUCCGUAGCGGAGAACCUCAACACUUUCCAGCUCAUUUUGCUGAACCUGACCCUGGACGGCACGCUCCAAAUCCGCAGUGACAUUGUAGGCCUCCUGGACAUUGUGCACUGGCUAGCGGCCUCCAGUAGCUGCCCCAUGAAGAAACCAGCAAGUGACGGACACUUGGAAACUUUUCUCAAGACCAACAUGCCUUUUCAACUCUCAAUUGCCAACAUUGUCUUGACCCGACUACAGGAGUUCUUAAACAAACUAAUCAACAACCUAGACCAGCUGAAAAAGUGUUGAUCGCCUCUGAGGGUCGAAAUUGAAAUCCUGCAAUUCUGAAAACACGGUGUGCGUGCGCGCGUGCGCGUGCACAUGCAUGUAAAUGUGAUUUUCUCUCGUCAGGUAAGGUAAGGUUUAAGGUUGCCUAUUUAUAAAAGGUUAAACACUGUAUUAACAUUUUUGUACAAGAGCACUUACAACUAUUUGAAACAUUUAUUAUUAUUAUCAUGAAACAUAUUUUUGAAGAAUUCAAGUACUUAGAUUACUUGUGAUAAGCAUUUUUAUAUUUCUAUUGCAUAUUUUUGCAUUUCUCUC